AUGACGGUGAACAGCAUCAGGUGCCGCCCUUUGCUGCUCGACCUUGCCCGGACUAGCCGCUCAAUCGCCCAAGGAACAAGCCAUGGCUGUUUGUGCUUGCUUUUCUCUCGACUACGUUCGCAUGUCUUGUCUCGAAGCUGGCUUACUCUAAUAAGCAGGCACUGCAGAGUACAGACCUAUUUCGCGGCGUACAACGGAUCAAGGAUCAUCCCGAGUUCCCUCUAUACGCAAGCUUUCAGGCAGGGGAAUGCGACGAAGCUCAGUGGCCAGGGGACUGGAACCAAUCCAAGUUGCCAAUUAAAAGGCAAUUGCUGA